CUUCUCGCUCUUGCAGCUUUUCGUAGAAGAUCGCGAUAUAACGAUCUCUUAAAAAUGACAGAUCGUCAGCUUUGGAGAUCGUACGACGGUUUUUUAUCGUCAUAUCGCCCAGCCCUAGAUGGAAUUAUUCUAGAUCAGGAUGAAUCUUUCAAGAAGCGAGUGUUUCUGAAUAACAGUCAGAUGAAGGAUGGAGAUCUGUCUGUGGUUCUGAAGAACGUGAAGAUUGAAGAUUCUGGAACAUACAUGUGUAGAAUCCUAACGAGAAAUGAUCCACAUUGAAAACUGAAUCUGAUCUCCAGCAUCAAUUUGUCGGUGUCUCCUCCUCCUCCAGGUGAGCAUUGAGAGUAUGUGUCUCUACCUCCUCUUUCUCCUCCUCCUCUUCCUCCUCCUCCUCCUCCUUUUCCUCCCCCUCUUCCUGAAAGGUCUCAGAUCAGACGUGUAUUCUGAAGAUGUUGUUGAUGAGACUCAAGGCGAGUCAAGGUUCAAAUUGGACAUCGCCACACAACAAAAGGCAAUAGAGAUGCUUCCAAGCCUUCAGUGACUGAAAGACCUAUUCAAAAACUAGUAGUUGCCCUAGAAAGUAACUAGGUGAACUAACUUACUGAUACUGCCUCUACAACAAAAUACACAGGAUUUUUCGUAGCUUUCCAUUUAAGGGCUGUUCAUUGUUGUUUUGUUAUAAAUCAAGCUUGAUUCACUUCCUUCAUCUGAGCAUGGUUGGUGGGAGUGUAAAGGACCGGAAUUACGCCAACUUCCGGUAAACACCGGAAGUUGUGUUUUGUUUCCGGCAGCUUGACAUGCGCGGUUCUCUAGAAACUUUAGCGUCUUCUCAUUGACAUUCGGUGUGUUUGAGAUGAUCCAGCACCUCACCUGGAUCGUCGGUGAGACCAGACGGCUAAAGGCGGGUAAAUCGUCUGCGAUGAUGAACAGGAAGACUGAACCAGGACAGGAAGUUGGAGUUUUACCUUAACAUUCAGUUGAAUUUAAAUAUUCCUCUUCCCCCUAAUAUGAUCUGAGCUGUUAUGUGUUUGAUAUUAAUGAUUUAAUGUUUUGUAUUGUGUUUAUUUUUAUCAACAUGUAUUGUAAUUGAUAUUUUUAUUGUUUAUUCUUAGCUUUUAUGUAGAUAAUCAUAACAUCAGUUCAUGACAACAGAUGAAAAACAGCUGCUGUGUUCAUUUAAUGUGAAAUGUUCCAGAAAAAUACAUAAAAUUGAAAAUAAAGUGAACUUUUAACUGUCAGGACACCAUUUCCCCUAAUGCAUUGUUCUGUUGUCUCACACUACCCAACAUGCAUCUGAAACACGCCUAUGACUGUCAUAACACGCCUACCUACACAGCUCACCUCACAGGUGAGUUCAGGUAAGGUAGGUGGAGCUCCAAAGUAAAACUCGGCUGUGAUGGCGCUCCUCGGUUCGGCUCUUUUCCUCGUUCUGGUCGGUUCGUCUGUUUCUGGAACAUCAGGUCUGAAGAUCAAUGCUGGAUCUGGACAGAACGUCACUCUACCAUGUAGAGAUCCAAAUAGCAACAGGAUUUUGUUUUUAGAAUGGACAAAACCAAACCUGAAAUGGCCAGAAGUGUUGUACUCUUGCAAUAAUGACGGAGUUCCUGGAGACCAGGAUGAAUAUUUCAAGAACCGAGUGUUUCUGAAGAACAGUCAGAUGAAGGAUGGAGAUCUGUCUGUGGUUCUGAAGAACGUGACCGUUAAUGAGACUGGAAUAUAUGAGUGUAACGUCACAUAUGAAAAUGAUCCACAGAGAGAAAGUAAGCUGAUCUCCACCAUCAGUCUGGUUGUGUUUCCUCCAGAUCUGAAUAUCACUGCUGAAACUGGAGAUGACGUCACUCUGAGAUGUGAAGAUACAAACGUCAACAAGGUUUCAGUUUUAAACUGGACCAGAACUGACCAGCAGGGGAAUGGAGAAUACGUGUCUUUUAGAAUGAUAACCCCUAAUGAUCGUAAUGGUCAACCUGAAUCUUUCCUGAACCGAGUGUCUCUAAAUAACAGUCAGAUGAAGGACAGAGAUCUGUCUGUGGUUCUGAAGAACGUCACCAUUAACGACACUGGAAUUUACAUGUGUAGAGUUAAACGACAAAAGGGAAGCAAACGCAAGAGAUCAGCUGAUCAACCUCCUCUCUCCAUCAUCAGUCUGUCUGUGUCUCCUCCAGGAGAGGAAGGAGAACAGGGAGGACUCAGUUAUGAUCGUCUUGGUCUGAUCGCUUUGUUGGGUCUUCUUCUUACUGUUCUGGUUCUGGCUCCUGUUGUUGUCUGGAUCUGCAAGAAGAGAAGCGGUUCCAACCAAAGUUCUGGUGGUUCCAACAACCAGGAAAAUCCUGACCGUGAUCCUCUGAUCUAAGAUUCUAAAGCAAAGACAAAACUAUCAAAUUCAGUCCUGUGGAGGAGCGUCUGACCUCAGCACCAAAGACUCAUCAAUGACUCUCAGCAUGAAGGUGAUGAUCGGGUCUGAACCGCUGAACGGAUCCAGAGUGCAGCUGGUUCCACCAUCAAGAACCGGGUCUCAGAUUCAGUCAGACUGGACUAACUCAUCCAGAGUCUGGUUCUGAUGGAGGUUAGAGCUCUGCAGUCUGGAGGAAGUAGUGAGGGUCAGAACCGCUGAGCAUCAUGGGUAAUCCCUCGAUCCAACAGCAUCAGACAGCGACAUCAUCCAUGAACUGUACUGUGUGUUUAUGUUUGUUUGUUUAUUUAGUGUUUAUUGUGUUGUGGUUUAAACAUGCUGAUACUACGACUUCAUUUAUUUACAGGAUUAUUAAAGGAAAUCUGAAUCUCUUCUUCUAUGAAGGUCUUACAGUUUAAGUGAACAUCAUUUAAUGUCAGAACAAUGUUUGUUUACUGUGAUGUAAAGUGUAAAUACAGAAAAUCUAGAGUUUCUCUGGA